AUGCGGCUCGCAAAGUCUUCUGCUGUGUACCUACUCACUGCCUCGUCGUUACUCCUCACCGGUGCACUUGCUGUGGAAGGCCCAGCAGCCACAACCCCGUCACAAUCUUCACCAACGAAGCCAUCUCGUGAAAUAUACGAUGGACCAGCUCAGACACCGGAGCCAGCCCUCAAAGUCCGCGCCGUUGUCGAUGCGCCGCCUGGUGCAGUCUCAACAGUGCCUACCCAAGUUUCUCCCGUCAUGACGGUCUGGGUCAACGACAAACAGGUGCUCUACACGCAGACAUUCCCCCCUACUCCCGACCCAUGGCCAAGUCCAUCUGCCGGACAAAUCGGCCUGGGUGAUCUGCAAGGUGAAAUCGGGAAGACAACCACGAUCAAGGCCCGCAGCGAGCCAACCGACGCACCCGACUUUACAUAUUCGCGGCGGUGUCGAACACUCGAAUGCCGGAAGAAGACCGCACCGAAGGAGGAUGGAGACGACGGAGACAACGACGCCUGA